AUGGUGGACGCAAGACGCUCUCGAAUGGCCGUUGAGAGGGCUGCUCGGCAUCGGCAGCGUCCCCUGCUGGCGAAUCUGGCGCAUCUCCCGGAGGAUGCGCAGCGUCCGUCACUUUGGACAAUCUUCGUCCGGCUCAGAGGUCCGGCGACGCGGACUUCAGGAGGUCUCAGGAUCAACGCUCUUCGAACUCUCGAUAUAGUCGCUCGUCCGCCCUAUCGAUCGAAUCCGUGGCGGCUCGAUGCUGCGCUGCUCGCACUCGGCAGCAGGAAGACUUCGGCGCGCCCACUGCUCCCCGCGGAUGCACGACCCGUCUCCGCCCAUAGUCGCCGCCCGCGUCGCACCUCCCCAACAUGCUUUCGAGUCCGACUGAGCAAUACGGCACGACGCGGAGCGUACCAUCACAGCUGUCGGGAUGUUCUGCACCGCCCAAAGUGCCGUCACGGUCGAUUGAGCCAAGUAGACGCCUGCCGUCGCCCCCCUCGCAGCCAUCCCACUAGGAUACUCCAGGCCUCCCUGCUUUCCCCUCCACGAUCGUCCGUCGCGUCCGACUGCCGUAGUAGGAGGGUGUCCGACUCUCGACCGCCCUCGAGCGCGACAUGUCUGCAUCUUCUGGACCGAAGCGCGAUGACCUUCCCCCUCCACGCCGCCCUCCCCCUCCAGCUUUGGUCUCUCCCCUCCAGCUCGGCCGUCGUCGUGCCGGAGUUUCUAUGCAGGUUCAAGACCAAGAGGAAGAAUCGUGAGCUGCGUGCGCGCGUUUGGCAAAUUGUGAACAUUUCGACAGCUCGGCCCUCGAACAUCGGCGGCAGCGGCAGCGGCUCCAUGAGCAGCGACAGCGACCGCCGAGGAUCUUCAAGUGGAAGUGGGGCUGUUGGUGGACACAGAACGUCCUCCGCUGGUCCGAUCGUCGAGACCUGCUCGACACCGGCAGUCUCCCCUCCUGGCGAAUCUGGCGCAUUAACCGGAGAAUUCGCAACAUCCGUCACUGUCGACAGUCCUCGUCCGGCUCAGAGGUCCGCGACACGAACCAAAAAUCUCAACGUCAUAGCACAUUCUCUCAUAUCUCAGGCACAUUUCAGCGCGUCGCCUGCGAAUGCACCGAUCUACCACUACACAUGGCCAUCCUCCGCCUCCGCCUUUCCUGCGUCCCCAAGUGGCAGUGUCAUCAUCGGCACCAGCGCCCCGCCCCCGCAGUGCGGCUACCUCUCUCACCGCCCGAGCACGACCCUCGGCCUCGCCAACGUCCUCCGUGCCGGGCUGAUCGCGCGCGGCGCGCUCUCGCCGCCGUUCAUCUUCUCCGCGCUCUCGCUCGCCGUCUCGCGCGCGAAGAUCAUUCAGUUGAUCGACGCGUUCCUCGGCGCAUCCAUCAUUGGCAUCGGGAAGGAGGAAUAG